GCCGCUCAGGCACACCUCUGACUCUGCGCUGCAGGAAGGCCCCCAGCUCCUCUCGCCACCUCUCCCACUGCUCCCCGCAAAGCAGCGGGGAAGCUGCGCGAGUGCCCACCACUGCCAGCCUUCUUUUAAUGUUGCGCGCAAACAGAAAGAGGGCGAGAGACAACUUGGUGCUGGGCCACUGACCUCCGGCCUUGCCGGCCUCUGGGGAGCAAAGGGCAAAGGAGGAGCGAUUGGGGCUGGGAGACUCCAUGCAGGGGUCAUGGACAGAGCGGCGCUCCUCGGACUGGCCCGCCUGUGCGCGCUGUGGGCAGCCCUGCUCGCGCUGUUCCCCUACGGAGCCCAAGGAAACUGGAUGUGGUUGGGCAUCGCCUCCUUCGGGGUUCCGGAGAAGCUGGGCUGCGCCAACUUGCCGCUGAACAGCCGCCAGAAGGAGCUGUGCAAGAGGAAACCGUACCUGCUGCCCAGCAUCCGCGAAGGCGCGCGGCUGGGCAUCCAGGAGUGCAGGAACCAGUUCAGACACGAGAGAUGGAACUGCAUGGUUGCCACCUCCGCGGCCGCCGCGGCCCCCUUCGGCACCAGCCCUCUCUUUGGCUACGAGCUGAGCAGCGGCACCAAGGAGACAGCCUUUAUUUAUGCUGUGAUGGCUGCAGGCCUGGUGCAUUCUGUGACCAGGUCAUGCAGCGCAGGCAACAUGACGGAGUGUUCCUGCGACACCACAUUGCAGAAUGGCGGCUCUGCGAGUGAAGGCUGGCACUGGGGGGGCUGCUCUGAUGAUGUCCAGUACGGCAUGUGGUUCAGCAGAAAGUUCCUAGAUUUUCCCAUCAGAAACACCACAGGAAAAGAAAACAAAGUACUGCUAGCCAUGAAUCUACAUAACAAUGAAGCUGGAAGGCAGGCUGUGGCCAAGUUGAUGUCAGUGGACUGUCGCUGCCAUGGAGUGUCUGGCUCCUGUGCUGUGAAAACAUGCUGGAAAACCAUGUCUUCUUUUGAAAAGAUUGGCCAUUUGUUGAAGGAUAAAUAUGAGAACAGUAUCCAGAUAUCAGACAGAAUAAAGAGGAAAAUGCGCAGGAGAGAAAAAGAUCAGAGGAAGAUACCGAUCCACAAGGAUGACCUGCUUUAUGUUAAUAAGUCUCCCAACUAUUGUGUGGAGGACAAGAAACUGGGGAUCCCAGGGACACAAGGCAGAGAAUGCAACCGUACGUCAGAAGGUGCAGAUGGCUGCAAUCUCCUCUGCUGUGGCCGAGGCUACAACACCCACGUGGUCAGGCACGUGGAGAGGUGUGAGUGUAAGUUUAUAUGGUGCUGCUAUGUUCGUUGCAGGAGGUGUGAGAGCAUGACUGAUGUCCACACUUGCAAGUAACCACUCCGUCCAGUCUGCAGGAUUCCUCGGCAUCAUACAAUGACAGUGCAGCCCAGAGGGUCUCUUUCCCUGUGCAGGGCUAGUAAAGUUGACUCCUUUAUAAGAAACCCAGGUCCUUGGUCUUCUUUGAAAAUGUCCUUUACACAAUCAACACAUCCACCAUGUGGAUUUUUUUGGGGGGUUCUAAACUUCAGCAGGUUUGUAUUCAUCUUUUGGUAGUUUAGUAUCUAAUCUGUUUAUGAAGCCAGAAAGAAAAGGAAAGACUCCUAAUGCCAGGAUAACUGGUCCAUACUCAGGGUAAGAUCCUGGAAUAUGGAACUCAGUUAUGGAACUCAAUAAUGGAGGGUGAUUAAUAGUUACUUUUAAGAGACACUUUUGAUAGCAACAAAGGGCAGUAAAUAAGAAUUUCAUUUAUCCUCUCAGUAUUUCAAAUGAAGAAAUCAUACUAAGUGUGCAUAGAUGUUGAAAAGUUAAUGUAAGCCGUGGUGCUUACACUUUCGUGCACUUCAAAAGAACAGGAAUUAAAAAGAACCUACACAAGUGAUAGAAUAGCACUAAAAAGUAUUGGACAUAUUUAGUGACAAACAAAGAAUCAAAAUGUAAAAGGUAUAAUUCAUGAUUUGGAUUUUAAGUGCCUUUUAACCAGGAAAAUCUAGAAGAACCUGCAUAAGAUAAAGAGUAAUCUUUGAAUUUGGGGUUCAUACUUGUAUCACAAACCAGUAUCCACUGUUAAAAAUCCAGUUUCGGGAUACUGGGGAAGGCAGUGAUCCUAAAAACAUGUAGGAAAAGUAGAGGUACAAAUAUAAAGGGCUCUUAUACAUUGUAAAUAAAAAUGCCCUUUAAAUGUAUAAAGACAGUAUUUUGUACAGUAUUUUGUUUAAAAAUUUGUGUUUUGUAAAUACGGUAUCUAAGUUAUAUGAUAUAUAUUAAAGUUAAGACAUUUAUUGCCAAUGCCCAAGUGCUAAAAAAUAAGGUAAAGCUUCUGUUUCUUUUUAUAUGUGUACUAUCAACUCUGACUUUUUAACACUGAAAAGAAGUUAACUGAGCAGCUAGCCAUAUGGAUGUGUAUUUCCUGCUAAAAUGAGUUUUGUAUGUAAUAGAUUAAAUAUGUUACAAAAUAUUGAGAAAUGUGUUAUCUCAGUGGUCAGAUUAAUUGAAUUCUCUUUUCACAUUAGUGAUGCUUAACUUGUAAAGUUAUUGUAAUAAGUUAUAUAGUAAAAGUCUUAACUGGAAAAAGUCUAAAUCAGAAUAAUGAUCAAUUUGUGACUUUGUUGCCCGGAAUAUUUAUUCUGUCGUUGUAUGUAAUGCAUUUCUAUUGGAAUGUUGAAUGGUCUUUUUUGUUUUAAUAUUAAUGCAUGUAUAUUCAUCAUAUUUUAUAAUAUUUCUGUUGAAAAUAACAGGGCUUAUUUAAGGUAAUAUUUUAAUGUAAAUCCUUAAGUUUUUUAUGAAUUGUCAAACAUUUCAGUAUUAUAUAGAAAAACAGAUUUUCUAAGUUCAGAGUGUACAAAGAGAGAAUAUUCAUAUUCUUAUUAAGAUAAAGAAAUGUUUCCUUGCCCCACAGGUCUCAUUCUAUUUCCUUUUAAUUUUAUUUAUCAAGACAGAGCAACAAUUUGGGGGGGGGAAGCAAAUGCAUGGGUAAUGUCUCAGGUCUGAUAUUAAAAUCAAGGCUAAAAAUCCCACUGUGAGCCUUAACAUUUAACAAAGUCAUUACUUACUAAUUAAGAGAAUCAGAAAUAAAUAAACA